UAGUCAAUAUGGGCUGCGUUGAAUAAUGGAAAUUCCAAGUAUGCAGCUCUUAAAGAGAUAUUUCUGUGCAAGAAAAGUAUGAAAAGAAGCAAUGACUUAAUUAUGCUCCUGGCAUCUAAAUUUUCAUUCAUAGCAUUGAACAAGUUAUGGGACGUGUUCAAAAUACAAGCAUGUCAGUUCUUCUAGUCUUGCUAUGUUGCAUUUGUUUAGAAUUUGGGUCUGCCACAAACACCAUCACAGCUUCUAGACCCAUCAAAGACCCUGACUUUAUAAUCUCCAAUAAUGGGAGUGCUUUCAAACUGGGAUUCUUCAACCCAAAAAAUUCUACCAAUCGAUACGUCGGAAUAUGGUAUAAUAACAUUUCUGCAUUCACAGUUGUAUGGGUAGCUAACAGAGAGGAACCUCUUAGGGAUUCUAAUGGGGUUCUUACUAUAUCUGAGGAUGGAGUUCUUGUGGUACUAAAUGGAGAAAAGGAGGUAAUUUGGUCAGCGAAUGUUACAAACUCUACUCCCAAUUCAAGUGCCAAGCUUUUGGAUUCAGGGAAUCUUGUCUUGGAAGAAAACACUACAGGGACAAAGAAAUGGGAGAGUUUCCAAUAUCCUUCUGAUACGAUCUUGCCAACGAUGAAGCUUAGUGCUAAUGUAAGAACAGGUAAGAAUGUCCAGAUUACAUCUUGGAAAAGCCCUUCUGAUCCAUCUAUUGGAAGCUUCUCUUGUGGUAUUCAACCUCGUAGUCCUCUUCAAGUAUUCAUAUGGAAAAACGGUAGCCCAUAUUGGCGCAGUGGUCCAUGGAACAAUCGGAUCUUCAUUGGAAUACCGGAUAUGAAUUCUGUAUAUCUUGAUGGAUUCAAAUAUGGAGAUGAUCCAGAUGGAAGUUUUUAUAUAACUUUUGAUUUUGUAGACGAGUCUUACUUGUCAAAUUUUGCCUUGGAUUCAAAAGGGAAUCUAGUGCAAAAAUAUAAUGGGGUAGAGGAUAUCGGGUGGUCAGCUUUGCACACUGAGUGUGAUGUUUAUGGAAAGUGUGGGGCAUUCGGAACAUGUAAUCCAAAUAAUUCUCCUAUUUGCAGAUGCUUCAAGGGUUUUGAGCCAAAUAAUACAGAAGAAUGGAAUCAAGGCAAUUGGACUAGUGGAUGUGUUAGGAGCACACCGUUGCAGUGUGAGAGGGUGAACACUGGUGGUGAAGAAGGCAAAAGGGAUGGGUUUUUGAAAUUGAAGAUGAUGAAAGUGCCAGACUUUGCAGAUUGGUCAAGUGCUUUAGAAAACAAAUGCGAAGAGCAAUGCUUGGAAAAUUGUUCUUGCAUGGCAUAUGCAUUUGAAACUGGCGUUGGUUGUAUGUCUUGGACUGAAAAACUAAUCGAUACACAGCAAUUCUCCAUUUCGGGAGUUGAUCUUUAUAUUCGUGUGGCCUACUCAGAACUUGAUAAAGUGGGAGAUGUGAAAAAAAUUGUCACAAUCACAGUGAUCACAGGAACAAUUAUCCUUUUCAUCUAUACUUAUUUACUGUGGAGGUGGAUGGCAAAUCAAAAAGCAAGGAAAAAGAAAGUGAUGGAGAUCUUGAUGUUCAAUAGAGAAGGAGCACAACCAAAAUUUCAUAGUGACAACCUGGACCAAGUUAAACUGCAGGAGCUACCACUAUUCAAUUUUGAGAAGUUGGCAAGUGCAACUAAAAACUUUCAUCUAUCUAACAAACUUGGGCAGGGUGGAUUUGGUCCUGUAUAUUGGGGACAAUUGUCAGAUGGGCAAGAGAUUGCAGUAAAAAGACUUUCUAAAGCCUCUGGACAAGGGUUACAAGAAUUUAUGAAUGAGGUGGUGGUAAUUUCUAAACUUCAACAUCGGAAUCUUGUUAGGAUCUUUGGUUGCUGUGUUGAAGGAGAAGAAAAGAUGUUGAUCUAUGAAUACAUGCCAAACAAAAGUCUGGAUGCAUUCCUCUUUGAUCCUCACAAGGAAAAACUGUUGGAUUGGAGAAAACGUGUCAACAUUAUUGAAGGAAUUGGUCGAGGUCUACUUUAUCUUCAUAGAGAUUCUAGAUUAAGGAUUAUUCACAGAGAUCUAAAGGCAAGUAACAUCUUGUUGGAUAAAGAGCUAAAUCCAAAAAUAUCAGAUUUUGGAAUGGCCAGGAUUUUUGGGAAUAAUGAAGACCAGGCCAAUACUAACAAGGUUGUUGGAACAUAUGGCUAUAUGUCUCCUGAAUAUGCAAUGGAAGGAAGAUUUUCUGAAAAAUCGGAUGUCUUUAGUUUUGGGGUGUUGUUACUAGAGAUUCUAAGUGGUAAAAGAAACUCUAGCUUUUAUCAUGAUGAGCAGUCCAUGAGCCUUUUAGGAUUUGCAUGGAAAUUGUGGAAUGCAGACAACAUCAUAGCCUUAAUAGACCCAAUGAUAUAUGAACCAUGCUUUGAAAUGGAGAUGUUGAGAUGUAUACAUGUUGGCUUGUUAUGUGUGCAAGAAUUUGCCAAAGAUAGGCCUAUUGUAUCUGUUGUUAUUUCCAUGCUUAAAAGUGAGAUUGUUGAUCUUCCUCGUCCAAAGCAGCCGGCAUUUACUGAAAGGCAGAAUGUCUCAGAUACAGAUUCAUCCACAGGCGGCAAAAAAAAAUUCUCUGUUAACGAUGUUACUGUUACAAUGGUUCAAGGUCGAUAGCUAGCAUGUGUUCUUGACAAUUGACAUAAUUGGUUAUAUAUUUAUGUUGGGAUCUUUA